UUACAACAGUGUAGCUUUAUUACAUGUGUCUAUAAAUAGAAGUCAGUCAAGUGUGCGCAUUAUAUCCAUUUGAAAAUUUGAAAAUACGGAAGUAAACUGAGCUGCGAAUACUAUUUGAAUAUUUUGAAGCAAUCAGCACUACUGAUGAUGAUUUAGAUGAAUUGAUUCAACCAGUCGUGGCAACAUUAUGGCAGCUAAGUUUACGACCGACCCAUCCCCUUCUGAUGAGGAUUUUGAAAUCGUAAAAAAUCACCAAUAUCCUCAUAUGAGAGAACUAUUGCAGUUAUUACUGACUGAAGUUCCGGCUCUGGUUCAAGACGCACAGCUGGAACUUAAUGAGAACCUACUGACAAAAGAAACAGAUGAAGAAGAAAGAUUGAGAAAAAAACUGGAAGAAAUACAAAAGCAAAACGAAGAGCUGGAGAAAAAGCUUGUACAGAAAGAAAAACAUCAAAAUGAUGUAGGUUCAAGAUAUCUUCAAGCAAAGAUAGUAAAACUUGAAAACCGUUUGAACCACGAAGAAAGAUCGAAAGUAGAAAUAGAAAAGAAAUUGAAGACAGACUUGCAUGAUUCACAACAAACAAUAGACUGUCUAAAACAAAAGGUACAAAUGGCAGAGAACGAAACUAGAAGUAUAAAAGCUGAACUUGCGAAACGGGAGAGACAUGAUGCCUGUUUAAAGAACGAAUUAGAAUCGUAUGGCAAUUUGGAACGUCAGUUUAACAAGAUAAGAGAAGAACUGAAGAACACAAAAGCUGAACUAGAGGAAACAAAGUCAAGACUGAGUAAAUCAAUGGGUGACAAGCUUACUGACAACAACCCAAACAUCGCUGAUCUUAGUGAUAAAAACAGACCUACAAAACUUGCCGAACGUUAUCAAGAAAUCUACGACAACGAAUGGACAGAUGCCUUUGAAACUCUUGAUGAAAUCUAUCAAAAUGAAGAAAGAACGACAUCCAUAUUAAUCCACAUUUUGAUGGGAACGAGAGACUUCUGUGAAAGAGAGGCGGAGUAUCAGAUGCAUCAAAUACAAAAUGCAAUCAUUCAAAAUACAUCAUCGCCUGGCAAAAAAGUGCCGACCAAUGUGCGGAAGCAGUUAAAGGAAUGCAGGAAAAUUACUGCAGAGACUUCCGGCAAAAACUUAUAUCAGAAAUACAAUAAAGAACUUCUGAGUUCAAAAUCCUCGACAGCAAGACGAGCAGGACGGGUGCCCGAAUUUGUGGCAGCUUGUUUUAAUAUGUGCUGGUUAAUGGCUGUGCAAGAUCCACCAAUUGUCUUUGGCCAAAACGUUGAUCAUGGAGACACCUUUAGUACUGAUAUGUAUAAAGCCUACACUAGAACCGGAAACAAAGUGGAUUUUGUUGUGUGGCCAGCACUUAAUCUUCAUAUGGACGGACCAAUUUUGUGCAAAGGGGUAGCGCAAGGAUACACGGAAGUAACAAGACGGUCAAGAUCAGUGCCUGCUAAAAGCAGAAAGAAAAAUCAGAGCUAUGAAACGACUCCAGAAAAUGAUACGGAUACAAAAAAGGAUAUGAAACUGAAAACUAAUACUGUUAUAAGGAAUGGUCGAGCCAACGGUCGUACGUCCGAUGAAGGUCUAGAGAAUAAUGAAUCAAGUACCAGAAAAGCAGAUAAAAGUCACAGAAAUACUCCCGUUGCCAGGCAAUCACGUGCAACCUUUAAACCAAAAAAUCUAAGCCAUAAUGGCUAUACCCCUCCUUCCAAUCCCAAACCAUCAGAGAAUGACGUUGAUAUGUUUUUAAGAUGGAGAGAAAUGUUUGGUCCAGAAGAAGCCAGACGACUUUUAGGACAAGAUUAUGACAUAUGCCUAAAGUACCUGAAAGAACUUGGUAUUUAUCUAACCUGUUAUAAACUCCUGCACAUGCAAAGUUAUUCAUGGACAAUGGAAGAUAUCAGAACUGAAAAUGAUGAUGAUAGAUUUGAGAUGUAUGAUUUAUCAAUGUCGGUUGUAUCUCUUCUGGACUACAUACUUAACACAAAACCUUUGAAAAGGUACUUCAAAGACCUAGAUUCACUGUCAUCUAAAGUAAGGGAAGAUUGCAUUAAAGAAAAGUCCCAUGUCGUGAAAAUCAAACAACGCUUGAGAAAAUUAGAGCAUGAAAAUGACUCUCUUCGGAAACUUCUUGAACAAACGGAUUCAAAUCGAAUUCGCUAUCGUAGAGAAAGAGAUGAUAUAAGAAACGAAAUGCAGAGGCUUCGCAAUCACCGAAAGUGGCUACCGCCCAACGUACAAGAACUAGAACAAGCUGAAGAAGAGCUUAACCAACUUAGGCAAGACUUCGAACGUCAGAGAAAUGAAAAUGCAAGGAAAGUUAAAGAAUGUGAGAUAGCGAGUAAUAAAAUCAUCGCUUCACAAAAAAGGAAAAUCCAGCACUUUGAGAAUGAGCUAGACCGACGUGACCUGACAAUUAAGGAAUUGAAAGAAAUGUUAUACGCUAAAACAACUAAACCAAGAGAAAGAACUGAGACGAAGAUGAAUAUGGCAGAAAUAGGGGAAGAAUUAUCUAGCUUGAGAUAUCAUUUGCAACAGACUUUAACAAAGUUAGAUGAAACGGAGCGUGAACUAGAGGAAACAAAAACAAGGCUCAGUAAAGCAAUGGGAGACCGGCUGACUGAUAACAAUCCAAACAUUGCUGACCUUAGCGACAAAAAUCGUCCUACAAAGCUUGCCGAGAGAUAUACUGAAUUGUAUGACAAUCAGUGGACUGAUGCAUUUGACUUCAUUGACAGAUACUUUCAUACGGAGGAAGAUACAAUCGGGACUCUUUUAAAGAUUUUGCAGGAUGCCAUGACAUUCUGCAACAGAAAGGAACGUGAGCAAAUGGAUGUUUUACAGCGUGUGCUAAAAUUUUCAGAGAAUCAUGAACAUAAAGUUGUAUCCAGUGAUGUGCCUAAACCUGUAAAAGAUUGCAGAAAAUCGAUGUCUUCGUUUGCUGUUCGGAAUUUGUAUAAGAUAUAUUUAUCACAUCUUAGACAAUCCGAAGAUCCAACAUUAAGAACAGCUUUGGAUAUCGGUUCAUUUACAAAAGAAUGUAUUGAAAUAUGCUGGCUUAUGGUGAUCCAAGACCCACCUAUUGUUUUCGCUCCAGUAGUUACCAGAGGAUCAGGAUUUAACACUGAUUUAUAUAAGCCCUACACUAGCAGCGGGACACACGUAGAUUAUGUAGUAUGGCCAACUUUGCUUUUACACAAGGAUGGCCCUGUUUUGGCGAAAGGUGUGGCUCAAGGCUAUCGGAAGAAAUCCGCUGGUGGUGAUAGGUAUAGAGGUUCCAGUAUCGAAGGCAGAGGCAAAUAUAACAAAAUCUCUAGCCAUUCGAAAAGUGGCCGGCAAAGAUUUCCGGAAGCGAGUAAUGAAUCACCAGAUUGGAGUGAGUAUGCUAUAGCAACAACGAGAACAUAUAGACGCGACGGACAAACAAACAAAAUACCACUCGGUUUUGAUCAGGUAAAUCCUUACUACAACUAUGUAAAUGUCCACGGAUGGGAAAGCUUUAGAAACGGUAUAGGCCAGCAGACCUAUGAGAGGACUCGUGUGAUUGGAAACAAAUCAUACCAUUAAAGUUGCUGUUUCUUUGUUUCUUUAUUACGUUAAUGCGUAGAAUAUCAUUAAUUUCCUGUUCAGAAAACCGAGGCUGAUAUCAUCAUCUCUGUAUACAAUAUUUCAUCGCAAAUUUUGUGAUAUAUUUGUAGCCGCAAAUAAGAAAUUUGUGUAAAUUUUAAAUAAUUGCUCUUAUUUCCUGAAAGUUGUUGACAUGUAUUGCUGUUAACUGUUGCAGUAUCACUAAAUGGCAUGUACUCCUCUACAUCUCUUAUAUACCUAUACCUUAACGUAAGAAAAACGCUGAUAUACGAAAGGUGUUCAACCUAUAUUUGAACACUUUACAAAUAUACGUAUUUAUCUUGCCUCCUACAAGAUUCUUGCAUUUCUAUUGGUCAAUAGACGUCACGUGGAGACAGGAUAUAUUCCAUAUCCUGCUAGUACAUUUCAGAUAUGAAUUUUGAUUUAAAAAAAAAAAUGGCUGCCGCUUUGUUAAUUUACAAAAUAUUAGAUAAUAGCGUGUAAGUAAAGCUCUCGCCUGAUAUGGAUUUCCUCGACAGCGUAUAUCCCGUAUCCUGUCACCAACAAGCAGUGUAACAAAUAAUGUUCAAUAAGCUGUAUUUCAUUGCAAAAUUGUUCGAAGUUUUAUUAUUUGAGAACCGUAACACUAAUAGAUCAUCCCAUUCAUUGACCAAGAUGGAUAAUUUAUAAUUAGUUUAUUUGUCCAGUUUCGUAGAGUUCUUUCCUUUCUAUUUCAAAUCAUUAUAGCGUCCUUAUGGAUUCCCAUAAACCAUAGGCUAUUGUAGCUGCAUACAGAAAUUGUGGAAUCCAUUCCAUGGGAGUUAUUAAAUUGACUUAUGUAGUGUAUCAUGGGAUGAGGAGUAUUGAUAAAGUAUAAAUAUCAAGUGAAAUCAUCUGGAAAUAGACAACCCACAUUUUACCAUGAACUGUCCCUUUGAAAUCUAUUGACCGACUUUUUUUAUAUAAGGUCUUAUGUAAUAACAAAUCAUAGUUUGUUAAUAUAAGACUGAACUAUGCAGAAUUAUUCCUAUGUCUUCGUUUUUCUUUCUAAAAUGACUAAUCUCAACCUACGCGAAUGCGUUAUUUUGGUAUUUUUCUAGGAUUGAGCGUAUAACGUGGUAUUUUUCUGAUAAUGUUUUUAAAACUUCCCGCUAGAGAAACCACUAUAUUCUCUUUAAAUAUAUAGUCAAAUGGUGUGACAACAAUGAAUCGAUCACAACAUAUACAUUUCUAAAAGUUUACAUUUUAUGACAAUUUAUCCAAUUUUCUAGUUCUAGUGAAUGUCUUUCCGCUUUGUUUAGGUACUAGUAGAGAUCAGGCAUUGUACUGUCGGUAUCGGUUGAAAGAAAACACGCAAAAACUGAAACCUUUGAAAUGGCGCGUGUCAACACGCUUAAAUGAAACCUUUGUUUAUGGCAUGCCAACGCGAAACAACGAAACAUUUCAGUUUGUUUUGGCGCGCGCGCCAACACUGUAAAACGAAUUCCUUGUUGCGUUGACACCUUGUUAGUUUCAUUUUGUGGCACUGGCACGCGCGCCAAAACGACACACAAAUCUUUCAAUAUUUUGCUAUGCCGUGUAGGGGCGUGCGCCAGGACGACACAACGAAAUGUGCUACAUAAACUGCGAACACGCCAACGCGACAUAACGAAAUAUACCACUUGAUACCUUGUUAUUAUAAACAUAUAAUAUUGUUUAGUUAAUACAACCUAUGUGCGUUGUGAGAAUCUUCUAAAAUGCUAAAUAAAAACCAAUACGUAAUGAUCUACGUGGGCUGAUCUAAAAGCAAUGUCACUGUAGCUAUAAAAUCGUGUAUAGGAAAGGAAAUAUUAAAAGUUAUAAUUAUGUUUCUGUAUUAGAUUUAUAGUCUGGCUAUUUCCUCGUCCUUCAGCAAACGUGAUACCCACCAGGCACGAACACGCCUCAUGUUUAACUUAAUUUUAAUACUCUUAAAACAGUCCUAUAGCUCAUGUCCAAGUCCUCACACAGAGCUCUUACUGUUUAACGUCGAUCUUCAUUGAUUGCGUUGGAAAUAAGAGAGACGUUCUUGUCUUAAUUUUAGCUGGACAUGCGAAAUAGCUAAUAGCAACAAGACCUAGUUUUCGUACAUUCAUCAUUUUAGAAUUCUUAGCAACUUGUAUGUGUGAAAAAAUAACUUCAUUUGAAAUAUGUUAUUAUAAUGUUGCUGAUCCUUUUAAAUCCAUAUAUCCAUUUCCUUGUCAGAUUCGUUCAUUGCUUGUAUAAAACAUGACAUUUUUUAAGGAUGAUUGAAAUUUUUGGUUGCGGAUUUUAUCCCGCUACCAAAGUUAAGUGUAUUUCUGACAAUCAUGUAGCAUCUUUAUUUGAUUCCAAAUCACAUCCAAAGGAUGUUCAUGUGCUACACAAAGUAGUCCCAUUCAUGAACAAUGCGGAUGAAUUAUCAAUGAUCAAGCAGUUCUUAUUCAUCCUCUAUCCAUUCACAUUGGCCAUUUAGAUUAUAUAAGAUCUGUCAGUGAUUAGGUAUUCCAGCCCAUGGUUGACUUCCAGCCAGCUGUUCAUGUAAGGUCAGACAGAGUUUAUCUUAGAUAUGAGGCACAUUAGUAUUUGUUUCUUAUACAUGUAUAUUCAUAGAUUGGCAUUUAAAAUGAAAAUAAAUCUAGCAAAACCCGCAACCACCAGACAUCUCAAGGCUUUGAUUCUACAAUAAAGAUGUUUUUAUGCUUUGUAAGCUUGUAGAACGUAAGUUUCUAAGAUAUAUAAGAGCAACAAAAGCACAGGUCAGCGGACUCGCUUUAAGGGCAUUUUCUUCACCACUGUUUAGGCAUUUUUGAAGUCAAAACAAAUUGGGAAAAGUGAGGGGUGGGGUACUUUAUAAAAACAUAAUUUCCCACUUAUUGAUAUAGGGAUUUUAAGUCUUACAUGUUAGUGUGAAUACACGUUGAUAUUGUAACAAUUCAGGGUACAUUGAACUACUUCACACGUUUCAUCCCUGCCUCUAUUAAAGCAAAUCACGUGACGAUGGUAAAAACCUAUGUGAUCCUAAAAAAGCGGCAUGCUUAAUAAUUAAUCAAAUACUUGCCAUAAUCUACUGGCAAAUUGACCUUUAGGUUCAUUGCAGUAUGCGAUUCGUCAAAUUGAAAUGCUGUCAAAUAAUUUUAUUGUUUACAUUUCUAGCAGAUGCGUGUCAUUAUAUAAAUUACUGCAUUAUGUUUCAGUAUUUUGUUCGUUUUACAAGCAAAAUAUGUAAUAAGCAAUGUUCACAUAUCCUCAGAUAUUUGAGGGUACACUUCCACAAUUAUUUUGCGAAGUCUGGAAGGUAUUAAUAUUUUCAGGGUUCACAAUCUUAAAUCUCUCACCUUGAGCUGCUGCUAUACUUAAUAAUUCAGAAGUAUUGUUUAAAUUAACCUUGAACAAAUUUUAUACAAAAAUUGUCUAAGUGAAUUUUUAUAGCUGCUGUUUUCUAAUAUUUUAAUAAACAUUUUAAACUUAUAACAGAAUAUAUCAACAAUUUUUUUAUUAGAUCUACAUUUAACUGUUGCUUUUUGUGUAUACGAAGCUUACUGACAAGUUUUCAAAAUUCACUGGAAGCUGGAUUUAAUAGUUAUUUUUAAUUGACAAAAGUCCUGAUUAGGUAAAAGUACCUUAUCAACCACAUUAUUCUUGUAUACUGUGAAAAGUGUACAGACUUAUUGUUCUAUUUUUGAAUGAUGCUCGUUGCUGAUCAUUAACUAUUAUAUGGAAAUUCCUAUUCAAAUAAACCAUAGUUUAACUGA